UGCAGACAUGGUUGUAGACUCCCUGUUUCGGGUCUUUGUGGAGUGUCUCUGGGGUCUAGAUUUAACCUGACCCUCCUCUCCCCUAACAUGUCUUGAAAACCCUAAUGUCUGCCUCUUUUCACUUCUGAUUACAGCUCAGGGUCAAUCACAGUUGGGCGGUUAAGGUAUUUGGGAGCUGUUUCUUCUUGCUUGUCCCUCGUAGUGAAAUUAUUGUGUGGUCAGACCUUUGUUCCCUCCUUCAGUCCCUCUCUGCAGGGUUGGUUUUUGACUCCAUCUGUGAAGGAGGCCCAGUUUUCCCACUGACGGAGGCAGCAGUUUGGUGCCAGUUAAUCAUUUCUGAUCUCUCCACGCUGCCUCACAGACUCGACCCUCUACACCUUUCAUUUAGAGAAGCGGUCUCCAUCUCUUCAGACAUGUUUCCCUGCUUAUUUCUUGUCCUGGUGUUUUGGGGCCCGGUUGGCGGCGGGCCCCUGACAAACCCCCACCCCGACAUGACGGACCAGGAGCUGUUCUGGGGCAGCGACCAGUACGACUUCUCCGUGGUGCUUCCUUCUGCAGGGUUGGAGUGUUUCUGGCACUUUGCUCACCGCGGAGAGAGAUUCUACGUGAGCUUCACGGUCCAGUGGGUGACGGGAGUCGGCCACGACAGACACCUGUCUGUCAGCGUGAACGCUCCCAGCGGUCUGUUAGUGUCGACUGUUGAUGAUGCAAAGGGUCAGAUCAACUUUGAGGCCGAGGAAACAGGUUUCUAUCAGAUGUGUUUCAGCAACUUCCACAACCACUUUGGCACCAUGCAGGUCUAUCUCAGCUUCGGCGUUUAUUACGACGGCUUCCAAGACCCGGACAAGCGCAAGGAGGACGAGAAGAAGAAGAAAGAGGAAGUCAGCAAAGACCUGAACAACACUCUGAGCGUCAUAGAGGAUGCGAGUCACAAAGUUGAGAAGUACGUCUUCCACAUGUUCCGUUACUACAGCUUCGGCCGCAUGAGGAAGAGCGCCGACUACUUCCUGCUGCUGUCCAACUCGCAGUACAUCACCUGGUGGUCGACGGCCCUGAGCGUCCUCAUCGUCGCCUCGGGUUACCUGCAGCUCCUCUUCCUCAAAAGACUCUUCAUCACCAAGACCUUCACGGAGGAGGAGAAGCCCCGCUGCUGACAGACUCGUUGACUGUCGGGAUGUUUAGAAACAGAUCUGUGUAAAAACAUUAAACCCUGUCUGCAUGUGUGAGGGUAGGGAGCACAUUUUUCUUCCUGGUAUUGUAUCUGUGUACUUGUGUUUCUUUACACAGUUUAAAUAAACUUUACUGUUAGAUGAU